GCGGGCCAGAAGCCGAGAGACGUCGACCGUGGUUCGUUCGCGACAUGUCGGCCUCCCGGGCGCGGGGCGCUGCCUCGGACCCGGGGCACGGGGGCCGCAGGAGGGCCUGGGUCGAGCUGCUGGCGGGAAGGGUCAGGAGGCAGCAGCUGGGUCCUGAAGGUGAGCCGAAGGUCGGGGAGUCGGCUGUGCGCCUCUUGAGGAGACACCUAAACCUGGGCGACCUCGUGCUUGAGGUAGACGGUCCUCCCCGUAAACAGCUGUGUCUCAACCGGUUGAUUGAUUAUGAUGGUCCUGGGGCCCACACUGACCUUUCCAGUUCAUUGAUAGGCUCUGCUUUGCGGGACCAAGCUGCGCAGCUGGGUGUUCCAGCAGCCGUCCUGUCCAGCCAGGUGGUGGCCUCUGGCUUCGUGCAGGUGUGUGAAGCAGAUGCAGGUCCCCCUCCCAAGGUGCUGAUGACGCCGGACCAGAGGAAGAAACUGUCUUCCUUGUUUGAGAUCGCUCAGAAUUUAUUAGCACAAAGCAUGUUUUCCCGUCUUUCCUUCUGUCAAGAAUUAUGGAAAGUACAGAAUUCUUUGCUGCUUGAAGCUGUGUGGCGCCUUCAUGUUCAAAACAUUGUAAGCCUCCAAGAGCUGCUGGAAAGCCAUGCCGACUCUCAGGCCGUGGUGGCCUGGCUCUCUAGGGACCUGCGCCUGCUGUGUGAGCAGACAGAGGCACCCUGUCAGCACGCCGACGUCGCCAGGGCUAUGCUUUCUGAUUUUGUGCAAAUGCUUGUUUUGAGGGGAUUCCAGAAGAACGUGGAUGUGAGAGGAACCGUGGAGCCGGAGUGGAUGACCCAGGUGGCCGUUGCUGUUCUCGAGAGGAUGCUGGCUUCCGUGCUCGAAGCUUUGGCGGCUGGGAUACAGGAGGGGUCCGCAGCACACAAGGCAGUGAGCUGCUGGUUCAGUGUGUUCAGUGGACACAUGUAUCGAAGUAUAAUUUCAACCGAGUCUCCCAAGAGGUUCUUCUGUCACACUCUGACCCAGAUCCUCACCCACAAGCCUGUGCUGAAAGUUUCCGACGCUGUUCAGAUGCAGAGAGAGUGGAGCUUUGCAAGGACCCCGCCUCUGCUCAGUGGCCUGUACCGUAGGCUCUUCGUGAUCCUGAGCCCAGAGGAGCUAGUGGACUGCUUACAAGAAGUUCUGGAGACACGGGAGGUGAACUGGCAACACGUGCUGUCCUGCGUGUCCACACUGGUGAUCUGCUUGCCAGACGCACAGCAGCUGGUUAACGGUUGGGUGUCGCGUUUGCUGGCUCAUGCAUUCGAGAGCUGUGACCUGGACAGCAUGGUCUUGGCGUUCCUGGUUGCACGGCAGGCUGCGCUGGAGGGCCCAGCUGCCUUCCCGUCCUAUGCCGCCUGGUUCCAGGCCGCCUUCGGGAGUGCAAGGGGCUUCCACAGCUGCAGCAAGAAGGCGCUGGUCUUCCUCUUCAAGUUCCUGUCUGACCUCGUGCCCUUCGAGGCCCCCCGGUACCUGCAGGUGCACGUCCUCCACCCGCCGCUGGUUCCCAGCAAGUACCGCGCCCUCCUCACCGACUACGUGGCGCUGGCCAGGACGCGCCUGGCCGACCUCAAGGUUUCUAUAGAAAACAUGGGGCUCUAUGAGGAUUUGUCUUCAGCUGGGGACGUCACCGAGCCCCACCGCCAAACGUCCCAGGAUGUUGAGAAGGCCAUCAUGGUGUUUGAACACACGGGGAAGAUUCCCGCCGCCGUCCUGGAGGCCAGCAUAUUCCGGAGGUCCUACUACCUGUCCCACUUUCUCCCCGCCCUGCUCACACCGCGAGUGCUCCCGAGGGUCCCUGAUUCCCGGGCCGUUCUCAUAGAGUCCCUGAGGAGAGCGGAGAAAAUUCCCCCCUCCUUAUACUCCACCUACCGCCAAGCCUGCUCCACUGUCAGAGAGAAGCCAGAAGAUGCAGCCUCGCGAAGGGAGGUGGAGCCCAGCUGUGCGGAGGAGCCGCUGGGCCUGCUCACAACUGCCCUGCGAGAGCUCAGGGCCUCAGUGACAGAUCCCCCCCAGCACGACGCGUUGUCAGCUCAGAUGGCAGUGAUCUCUGAACAGCUCCGCUCCGCCCUGGGCCUCAGCGAGGAUGACAGUGACGUCGAGGGGGCCCAGGUUCAGCUCAGCGUCCGGGCCCCCGAGCUGCGGCCAUGGGAGCAGAGGGUCGUGGACCUCCUGCUGACGUCUUUCUGUCAGAACCUCAUGGCGGCCUCCAGCGUCGCCCCACCGGACAGGCAGGGCCCCUGGGCCGCCCACUUCGUGAGGACCCUGUGCAGACGCAGGCUCCUGCCGGCUCUGCUUAGCAGGCUCUGCCAACUGCUCCAUCACCAGGGCCCGAGCCUGAGUGCCUCACAUGUGGUGGGGUUGGCUGCCCUGGCCGUCCACCUCGGCGAGUCCAGGUCUGCCCUCCCGGAGGUGCAUGUGGGCCCUCCCACCCCUGCCAGGGGCCUGCCCGUCCCCGAGCUCUUCGACAUCCUCCUGCCCUGUAGAACCCAGGAGUCCUCGGCCCUGUGUCUGAAAUUUUGUACAGCGGCAAUUUCUUAUUCUUUGUGUAAGUUUUCUUCCCAGUCACAUGACAUCUUGUACAGCUGUUUGUCUCCAGGCCUUAUAAAAAAGUUCCAGUUCAUCGUGUUCAGAUGGUUCUCAGAGGCCCGAGACCCGCCCUCUUGGGAGGACCCGGCCAGCUCCCCCUGGAGGCCCCUGUGCCUGCCCUCCGCGGACUGGCAGCAAGCUGCCCUCUGCCUGUGGAAGCAGAGGACCUCGCGGGAGCUGCUGCAGCGGGAGGGGCUCCGCUUGACUUACAGAGACUGGUUACAGCUGGAACUAGAAAUUCAGCCUGAAGUUGAUUCUCUUUCAGAUACAGAAAGGCGGGACUUCCACCAGUGGGCCAUCCACCAGCACUUCCUCCCCGCGCCCUCUGCCACCGGGGGCUGUGACGGAGACCUGGAAGUCGCCUGCACCACGCUUGUCGACGUGCUCAUGGACUUCUGCCAAAGUUCAAGGAGUUAUGAUCACUCAGAGAAUUCUGAUUUGGUUGUUGGUGGCUGCACAGGAAAUCGGGAUAUUUUUUCCAGAUUGCAGGAGAUGGCUGCUGACCUGGAGCAGGGCCCAGCGCCCCUCGGCCAUGCUGCUCCCCGGGGCCACUUCCUCUUCGGAGUUUUCUGCAGACGCCUCCAGGCCCUGGCUCGAGGGUGGGACGUGGCCAGCCGCCUGCAGCGACAGCGGGAGCUGCUCAUGUGCAAACGCAUCCUCCUCGGCCUGCCCCCCUCCGUGCUUGUCGGCAGCCCCUGCUUGGAGCAGCUGGCCGCCCCCGACUGCGAUGACUUCUUCCACUUGGUCAACUCGGAGCUGUUCGUUCUAAAGGCUGUUUCCCUUCGAGCCUUGAGAACGGCCUGUGAAAGCAGCCAGGUGAGGACACGGCGGGACAGCACCUGGCCCGCCCGCCUGGGCCCAUGGGGUUUGCGCCACAGCUGGCGGGCAUGGGGGUGGACGCGAAGCCGCACGGAGCCAGCCCUCCGUGGGCCAUGGCGGUGCCAUCCUCCCGUGUGUCCUUACGUGGUGGAGCCUCCAGCAGCUGCCCGCCCUGUCCUGCACGUGCCUUCCUCACUGGCCUCUACCGUUUUGCAGAGAAACUUCUCCCACGACGGCGCCCUGACCCACGACAUCACGGCCCACUUCUUCAGGGGGCUCCUCAACGCCUGUUCACGAAGCAGAGACCCCUCCCUGGCAGCCGACCUGACCCUGACUGCCUGCCAGACCCAGUGCCCCUUGCUUCUGACCUCUGCUCUGCUGUGGUGGCCGCACCUGGAGCCCGAGCUUCACCACCGGUGGAGGAGAUGCUCCCAGAGCCCGCUGCCUACAGAGCUGCGGAGGCUGCAGGAGGCCCAGCACUUCGCCGCGAGCGUCCUCUCCCCCCUUGCGGCACCCCCCGCACCUAGCCCGGCCUGGCUCUGCGCGGCUGCCCUGCACUUCGUGAUUCGACGGGCCGGGAAGGAGAGCAUCCGACAGGAGCUGGGGCAGCUGGACAGCCAAGGAGAGGAGCUGUUGGUUUUCCUGUUUUUUUUUUCCUUGAUGGGCCUGCUCUCUUCACAUCUGACCCCGCAGGCCAUUGGCUCCCUGAAGGCCCUGGACGUCUGUGCCGAGGUCCUGGGGUGUCUGCAGAGGAAGAGGAUUUCCUGGCUGCCGCUCUUUCAGUUGACGGAAGCGGAUGCCGGCCUGGGGCGCACCCUCCUCCGCCUGGCCCCUGACCACCAGGUCAGGCUGCUGCCGGUCGCCUUCUACAGCCUCCUGUCCUACUUUGACAAGGACGCCCUCCUCCAGGAAGAUGCCUUCCUGCACGUUGCUGUUAACAUGUACCUGAAGCUCGUGGGCCUCUUCGUGGCUGGGGAGACUGGUGCAGUCUGGACUCCGGCCCACGGUGGGGAGCUCCAGGCCCAGGCAGGUGCAGGGCCAGGCCUGUCUCCAGAUGGACCCGGGCGGCCAGCUCUUGGGGGCCUGCGGCCUGGGCAGCCCCUCCUGGCGCAGCGCGCAGCUGUGGGCACCCUGACCGCGGCUCUGCCUGUCUUCUCUCCAGGGCGACCCCGUAAGCCUGAUAACAAAUGCUCGUCUUUUUCUGCUGCAGUCGAUACCUCGGUGCCCAAAAAGGAGCUUCUCAGACGUGGCAGAGGUAACGCCCAGAUGCUCACCUUGCUGUCUGUCUUUAAGUCCCCAUCACUGUUCACUGUGAGGGUGCUGAACACCUUCGGGAAAACGAGCAUGCGGCGUCCAGCACUUGGCAUCUCCCCGGGCCCUGGGUGUGUGUUUGGGGGCCGUGGGGCAGCAUGGGCCCAGCACACGGGCUUUCUUGCAGCUGCUGGGCGCGAGUGCGGACUGUGACCCGGAAGUGCGUGCCGCCCUCCUCAGCAGGCAGCAGGCCGUGCUGGACCCUGACCUCUGCCAGGAGCCCCGUCUCUUCUGACAGGAUCUG